AUGUCUCCAGACCUGGAUGACCAAGAGGUCCACAGUAGACACGAGUGUCAGCAUCGGCCCACUGAGGCCAGGCAAGCUGGCUCCCUCAUUGAUGGAGAUUUGCGCGCAGGCACAUCCCGGCUGCACAACUGGGCCAAGGGCACCAGAAACUGGAGAAGGUUCUCUGCAAACAUGUGCAGGCCUGGAGCACAAGGGGAAGCCACCGACCCGGAGACUAAGAGGACCGAAAUGCACAAGCGCCACUGCAGCUCCAAGGAAAGAUACCUGAUGGAUCAAGACACAUUCAUUUUCAACUUUACAAAUGACCCUUUAGUCUUUGGACGGCACCAGACCUUCCUGUGCUAUGAGGUGGAGCGCCUGGACAAUGACACCUGGGUCCCACAGGACGAGUGCAUGGGCUUCCUGCACAACCAGCCUCGGGAUGAAGACCAACCAGCUCGCCAUGCAGAGCUGUGCUUCCUGGACAAGGUUUCUUCUUGGCAGCUGGACCUGGCCCAGUGCUACAGGGUUACCUGCUUUAUCUCCUGGAGCCCCUGCUCCAGUUGUGCAAAGGAAGUGACUGAAUUCAUAGAAAAGAACAGACACGUGACCCUGCGUAUCCUGGCUGCCCACAUCUAUGAUGAUCACCGGAGAUAAAAGGAGGGACUGGGCACGCUGCAGGGGGCAGGGGUCCACACCACUAUCAUGACCUCCAGGGACUUUGAGCACCUCUGGAACACCUUUGUAGACCAGCAGGGAAGUCCCUUUCAGCCCUGGGAGGGGCUGGAUCAACAUAGUCAAGCCACAUGGCAGAGGCUGCAGGACAUUCUCCAGAUCCAGAGCUGGCCUCUCGCCAUCCUGCUUGUCCUUCUCCCUGAGGUCCGACAGGUGACUCCAGCAAAGCACCUUGGGAAGAAAGUCAAGCACACUGUCACAGUCGACAUCGCCAGCCCUCUUCAAAGGAGGAGCUCCUGGCCCCCGAAGCUAGGAUGCAAGCCUGGCACCUGCUCUCAGAGCAAACUCCGUCCUCCAACUGCAGGACCUCCACACAAGCUCCCGGAUGCAGCAGGCCUCAGGGAUCCUGGACCAGGCACCCCUGAGGGAACUGCUAUAGGACACAGCAUGAUUGUUCUGGAGUCUGACUUCUGGUCCCAGCUGGGGCCCCUCCCUGGUAUCUUGUCCGAUACUCUCAAUCCUGAGUCUCCUACCACCUGGUGCAGACAGCUGAUGGAUCAAGACACAUUCAUUUCCAACUUUAAUAAUGACCCUUCAGUCUUUGGAUGGCACCAGACCUUCCUGUGCUUCGAGGUGGAGCGCCUGGAUGAUGACACCUGGGUCUCACAGGUCAAGUACUUGGGCUUCCUGCGCAACCAGCCCCUGUUCCAGCUUUGCUUAGGAAGUGCCUGUGAAUUUGUGAAGAAGAACAGACACAUGAGCCUGUGCGUCCUGGAUGUCCGAAUCUAUGACAACUAUGAGGAAUAUGAGGAGGGGCUGGGCACAUUGCAGGGGGAGGGGCCCGCAAUGACCUCCAAGGGUUUGUCUCUGGAUGUCCCCAAGGUCAUAGGAGGAAUCCCUGGGCCCAGGUAUCUAUUAGAAAGUCACCAGGAAGUGGACUUCUCAAUUGUGGAGACACUGGACAAGGAGGGAAAUGUCGGGAUUAGAGAAACAGAGUCAGUGUUGAGAGGGGUCAUAGACAGGGGCCCUGGUCAGGAUGCGGUGUGGGCAGGGGAAGGAAGAUGUGUUCAGGGCGCUGAGUGGAGGACCCUGGAGGCUGAGGAACCAGACAGGAGGGAGAUGCCCCUGGGGAUGGUGCACAGCCUCUUCCGCAUGCAGCCCCCUAGGUCUCCCCAAGAAGGGCAGCCCUUUGGGGACAUGAACGGGGAUUUAGCUCUUCUGUACCUGGAAGCCCUGAUUCUGGUACAGGCACCAUCUCUUUCCAGGAAGACUAUGCCUACUGUGGGUACCAACUGUGUGCGCCAUGAAUGCCUUAUGGAUCAAGGCACAUUUAUUCUCGACUUUACAAAUGAGAUCUCAAGCUCUGGGUUGCACCGGACCUUCCUGUGCUACAAGGUGGAGCGCCUGGACAAUGGCACCUGGAUCCCACAGGACGAGUACAUGGGCUUCCUGCGCAACAAGGCUAAGCAGUUUCCCUAUCUAGGUUAUCAUGCAGAGUUGUGCUUCCUGGACCUGGUUUCUUCUUGGCAGCUGGACCCGGACCAGCACUACAGAGUCACCUGGUACAUCUCCUGGAGCCCCUGCUCUAGGUGUGCCCAGGCAGUGGCUGUAUUCCUGAGGGAGAAAGAACAUGUGACCAUGCGCAUCCUGGCUGCCCGAAUCUAUGAUUGUGACCAGGGAUAUGGGGAGGGCUUGCGCACACUGAAGAAGGUGGGGGCCGACGUCGCCAUCAUGACCUCCACAGACUUUGAGUACCUCUGGAACACCUUUGUGGACCACCAAGGAAGUCCCUUUCAACCCUGGAAUGGGCUGGAUCAACAUAGUCAAGCCACAAGCCAGAGACUGCAGAACAUUCUCUAG